AUGGCGACUUUCACAAAGACUUACUUUCUCUGUCCCACCACUGAGUUUAUUCAGGCGUCUCCUGCUGGUCCGUUACGGCUAGGCUCCAUACUCCGGUCCACAGCGACGCCCCAGUAUCCUCUCAAUGGCACGCACAUUGUUCCUCUUGCACAGGACCCUUCUUCUGUCGUAGAGACUGCUUGGAAGAAAACAGUCUCGGCCGAAACUGGGCUGGGACUCGGCGUCUAUGCACAAUUCCUACAACUCGGUCUUGGUCCUGAAGCCAGUGCCGAUCAUUCCAGCCAAGCAUCGAGCGUCUUUGCAUUUGAUUCCAUGACAACGUUGUCAUUCGACCCAGAGCCAGAGUAUGUCAAGGAAGCAGUCAAAGCGCCUGCUGUGCAGGCCUACUUGAGAGAGCCGAAGCAGCGCUUCGCCCCCAUCGUCUCACUCUACCUCGUGACAGGCUUGAAGCUCGUCAAAGGCGCAAACAUCAAGUACUCGACGUCGAGCAGCACUGACGUCAAAGCAAAUAUCGGCAUCAAUGUGGCCCCUCUCGGCCUGACCAUUGGCCCGAAAGGCCACUGGACGAAGAAGAGUGAUGACGAAACCGAGUUCAGCAGGGAGUCUGAAUUCGUUUUCGCGUUUCGCGUGAAGCGGCUCAGGUUCGGACUGGGAAGAAAGCUGGAGGCAGAAGGUUAUACAAAAGGUGCAUUCUUGACGACUGGGGAGGCAGAUGACAACGAGCAAGAAGCUUGUUUGAUGGACGACGUGGAUGGCUCCUCUUCCGCAAAUGCUAGUUUUGUAAGUGAUGCCACUGAGGGCGAGAGCGUGUACUGCAUUCCUGCAUGA